GUCUCUGACUUCUGUCUGUAACACUGGAGAACAGCAGAUGCUGCAGACACCAGUGAAGAUGGAAGUGAAGCAGGAGAUGGAAGGAGAGGAACACAGUGAUGACGAUGAUUUUAUUCCUUCAGAUCUGAUGGAAGUGAAAGAGGAAAGUCAAGAGCUGAAUGAAGUGGAGGAGAAACUUCAGUAUCAGAAUCAUCAUGAUUUAAUAACUGGAGGAAAUUCUUUGAGUGGCUUCAAGACUCAAAAUAAUUUCUCACCAAAAAAGCUUCAAAGAAUUACAACCAAAAAUACUUUAACCUGCUUUCUAUGUGGAAAGAGUUCCACAUGUAAAAGUCAGCUUAAUACACACAUGAGAGUUCACACAGGAGAAAGACCUUACACGUGUCAUCAGUGUGGAAAAAGUUUUGCAUAUCCAGUCGAUUUUAAGAAUCAUCUCCGCUGUCAUUCUGGAGAAAGGACAUUUGAAUGUGAUGAGUGUGGUAAAACAUUUGUUUUAAGUUCAGGCCUAAAGCGACAUCUGAAAACACACACAGACGAGAAGCCUUACAAGUGUACUUUUUGUGGAAAGAGUUUUGCACGCCUGUCCUAUUUUAAAGAACAUCAGAAAAUACAUACUGCUGUGGGUGCUCAUAUGUGCUUUGAUUGUGGAAAGACCUUUAUUACAGCCUACAACUUGAAACAGCACCAAAGAAUUCAUACUGGAGAAAAACCGUUCAAGUGCUCACACUGUGAAAAGAGUUUCACUCAGUCAGAACACCUGAAAAAACAUGAGAGAAUUCACACUGGAGAAAAACCUUACAAGUGCUCAACCUGUGAAAAGAGUUUCAAUGGGUCAGAACACCUGAAAAAACACGAGAGAAUUCAUUCUGGAGAGAAACCUUACAAGUGCUCAACCUGUGAAAAGAGUUUCACUCAGUCACAAAACCUGAAAAAUCAUGAGCGAAUUCAUUCUGGAGAGAAACCUUACAAGUGCUCAACCUGUGGAAAGAGUUUCACUCUGUCACAAAAUCUGAAAAAUCACGAGAGAAUUCACACUGGAGAGAAACCAUGCCACUGCUCUUGAUGUGGGAAAAGUUUCAGAGCUGAAAGUAAUUUGCAUAGACAUGUAAAAAAGUAUUGCCCAAGUACUAACAGUAAUAGAAAAUCAGGUCCAAAAAUAUCAAGUAAAUAGUUAGAAAUUCAGAUAAACUCUUAGACCCUGAUACCACACGUACUUCACCCAGACGUCUGUUUACGCCAUGAAGAUUUUAAAGUAUUUUUUAGGUUGAUUUUUCAUCUGUAAUAUUUCUAUAAGAUGUUUAGUCUUGGAUGUCAAUAAAACAUUCAGCAGAAGUCUUUGAGAUGUUUAAGGUUUAUUAUGCAGAUGUUUAUUAGAUUGAAAUGCUUUCCUGAUAAAACAGAUCUAAAAUGGACAUCUCAGAGAUGUACUUGUGCUAUCUGGGGAUGGAAUUUCUUCCAAUAGUGCAGCAUCAUUUCAGAGAAUAUCAAAGGACAUUUAAGGAAGGUCUUGGUAUUAAUUGAAAAAACAUAUUUGUGCGUGUGUAUUUACAGUACGAUGCAAACGUUUUGGACACUUCUGAAAAAUGCCGUAAACAACGUUGUCUACAUUUUCCAAUAAUUUUUAUUUUGAUCCGGUACGGUGGGUGGCGCAAAGCACCUGUGAGCUGGUCUGCCCUCUGCCUAUGACAGAUGAGAAGAAGAACUACUUAACAAGUUUACAAAUCAACCAUAGACAAGCAUAAUGGGUUUUCUAGCAAGCAUAUCAAAAAAUAAAACUGAUUUCUUUACAAGAUGCAGCAGCAAUGAUGACUUUGUUGUUGACACUAUGCUUUUGUCCCCGAAAUUGAAUCAUCACGGUCACUGCAGGAUAAUCGUGGAUAUCCCCAUUCACACAUCUUACCUUCACCUUGUGACUAGUACCCAAAGCCACGUCUUGAACCAGGCAUUGAUGGAUGGAGAUUUGGCUGCAACCCAAAUCCACCAAGGCCUGGUAUGUACCCCCCCUUAAUACUCACAUGUACGCGUUACGUCCCAGUUCAAUCAGGGGCAGCCUGCGGCACGUCGGGGAACCAAACAAAUGUGUCCACCUCCAUCAGUGGCCACAGGUCCCGGAAAUGCACGGGCUCCCUGCAGCCCCAACAGACCGGCCCAGGAUCCAGGUCUGCACCUGUGACGGCAGGUUCACCACCCUGGAAGUGAGAGCAGAGUGGAGCAGGGGAAACCAGUGGGUAGUACAAUCCCCAGAGUCAAGGAGCCGGUAUAGGAGGAGCUCCUCCCCAUUUCCGGGGAGGAGGAACAAGACAGAAAGUAGGGGAAGGAGGAGAGACAAGGGAAUGAGAGAAAGAGAGAGAGAGACAGAAGGAUCUCGGGGCUCGCCGGCUCCUGUAUAUUUGGUCAUCUGUCAGCUGGAUGGUUGUUCGGAGAAACGCCGGAUGGUGGCGCUGGACCCACUCCGCCAUCCCUCUCAGAAGUCGAGCAAUGGUAACAACUGCUGCACCGCAAGUAGGGCUUCCCUGGACAACAGUGGAAUUAAUCGGUUUUCUAGCAAGCAGAUCAAAAAAUAAAACUGAUUUCUCUACGAGAUGCAGCAGCGAUGAUGACUUUGUCGUUGAUUUGCUCAAUGAGACAUUUCACAAACUGUUGACUGGCAGUAUUAUCACGUAGACACAGUCUGAGGGGUGAUUAGAAAGAAUCAAGUGUAAAAAAAUUAUAAUGUUUUUGGUUAAAACAUGUUAGAGUGAUUAUAUGCCUCUGUCACUCAUACUGUAAAUACUUUUUGUUUUGUACAUUUGUUGAAAGUCACUGUGUAAUGCACUCUCAUAAGGACUGUUAAAACAAAUGUUUAAAACCAAUUUUUUAUUGUACACCGAUCAGUCAAAACCUUGUUAAAACCACCUGCCUAAUAUUGUGUAGGUCCCCUCGAGCUGACAAAACAGAACCAGCCCUAUUCUUCUCACCACAAUUGUACCGAGUGAUUAUCUGAGUUACCGUAGACUUUGUAGGUUCGUACCAGUCUUGCCAUUCUUUGUUGACCUUUUUCAUCAACAAGGCAUUUCUGUCCACAGAACUGCCCCUAACCUGGUGUUUUUGGUACCAUUCAGAGUAAAUUCGUGAGACAAUCAUGCCACGGUCCAAAUCAAUGAGAUCACAUUUUUUCCCUAACUUCAUUAACUGAAGCUCCUGGCCCAUAUCUGCAUGAUUUUAUGCACUGCAGAGCUGCCACAUGAUUGGCUGAUUAGAUAAUCGCAUGAAUGAUUGUUUGUGCCAGACGGGCUGGUUUGAGUAUUUCUGUAACUGCUGAUCUUCUGGGAUUUUCACACAAAACAGUCUCUAGAAUUUAUUCAGAAUGGUGCCAAAAACAAAAAACAUCCAGUGAGCGGCAGUUCUGUGGACGCAAUGCCUUGUUGAUGAGAGAGAUCAACAGAUAAUGGCCAGACUGGUUCAAACUGGCAAAUUCAACAGUAUCUCCGAUAAAUGCUCUGUAUAAUUGUGGUGAGACGAAUUUCUAUAGAAUGCUAUUCUGAGAUGCGGGUUGGCGCUAGUUUGGGCGGCAUGAGGGGGACCUACAUGAAAUUAGGCAAUUGGUUUUAAUGUUGUGGCAAUCUUAUUGCCUUGUACAUCUACUUGUUAUACAUUUGCUCAAAACCCUGCAUGUUACUAAUUAAAUGUGACAUGCUAACAUUGAUAUAAUGCACACAAUUAUUUUCUUUAAACAACAUUACAUUGUAUUAUUUUUUUAUCAAAUGAAUUGCUUCUAUCGAGAUCCUCACAGCGUAAUCCAAAACACAACACUGGUGUUAGUUUUCUGGCUUCAUACAUUCACUUUGAA